AUGGGAUCAUCGGAUGCACUUGCAAGACAGGAAUCAAAUCGAGACAGCGAUUGCUCAACAUGCAUCUUGAGUUGGCGCAGUAUUCCACAUCGCUGCUUGCAAAAAGCAUCGCGUGCUCGUCACGGUGACGCAAAUGGAAUCUGCGUCGUGAUAGCGUGUCUGGCUCAAGCCAGCAUGCGUGGACCUACGUUGAGUCAGUUGCGCAUGAUGAAAAUCUCCCACGACAGUCCACCGCAAUUUGCGGGCGACCUCGCUACCGCGGCGCUGCUACUGGUGGCGCAGUCCUGGCACGAUGCGCAGCCCGCUCUGCGAGAGCUCAUUAGUAGUAAUAAGAAGCGACAGAGCCCUGUCAUACGGAACGUCCGGCGGAAGGGCGCGGCAAACAGCGAUGCGGUGAGCCGGGAGGAUGCCGUGGCGUGCUAG